AUUUUUCGAAGUAGUAGUAAAAAAGGGCAGCCUCCCAUGCAGCAGACCUUCUGCUUUUCUUUACGAGUUUCAGUUUCAAAGCGUUCAGUGAGCGUUGUUAUUCGCAUUAGUGACAAAUGUUUUUCAUGUCAAAACAAACUUCAUUUGGGUAGGUAAAUUUACUUUUGUGCAUAUGGAAAUCAUGUUCCUAAAAACAACCAUUCGCCGAUAGCAUUAUAAAGCCUAUGAUCAUGAUUCAUAUGAUGAAACAUUACACAUAGUGUGAGAUACACAUCUUUUCAGAGUUUGAAGAUAUUUUGCAUGAAAUAUGACCAGGAAUACAGUGGACAUAAGCUCAUUUCCCUUGUUUACUUUAUCCCUGCGAAAACUGUCUUUAGUGACAGUUACUUUACCUUUAGCAUCCAUGGUGUUUUGUUUCAUAACUUCAAUGAUAUUCAAUUUUCAACUGGUCAACACAACUAUUUGUGAUGUAUUCAAUUUUUGUCCCUCUGUAAGUGCAAUAACUGGAAUUUCGCCUCAAAGAUACAUCUGGCGAAUAGGCGUGGCACUACAUUCUACUCCUCGUCUUUUGUUGGCUUCUGUGUACUACAGUCACUAUAUCAGGAAAACUAAAAAUGUUAAAAAUGAAUCAAAGUCCUUAUAUGAACACAUUGUGACAUUGAAUUAUUGGUUUCAUGCUACUGAAAUUAUGGCACUUGUUGGUGUUACAUAUAUUUCAAACAAGGAAAAUUAUCCUGUCCACGAAAAAAUAUUUAUCACCUUUAUGGCUGCUUCCAUUUCUUAUAUGUUAAGCUCUUGUGCUUUGAGUCAUAUGAGCCAGUCUUCAAAUCCAACAUAUUUGGAAAAGCUGUCUUACAGAACAAAACUUUUCCUGUGCAUAAUCAUUGCUCUUACAUCAUUAGGAAUGGUGUAUUUCUUUUAUAAACAUCGAGUGUAUUGUGUAGAACUUGCAUUCAGUUGGUUUGCCUUAUGUGAAUAUGUCAUAUGUUUUGCCAACAUGGCCUUUCAUGCAACAAUAAUAUGGGACAUGCCAGAUGAAGAGAUGGUGAUUUGCCUUCCACACUCCCACAAUUCACCAAAUUGCCAUGAUUUGACAAAAAAGAAUGAUUAAUAUUGUCUUGUAGAGUGUCCUAUACUUAAUUCUGUAAAAUUGUAAAUAGAACUUUUUCACCUGAACACUUUUAAUUUGAAGACUGCAAUCAUUGUAGAUGCAAGCGUAUUUUUUGAAAGCUAGACUAUGCAAUUUUCAAUAAUGAUUUUCUCUUUUUUAAGUCUAUUCUGCAAUCUUAGUUUUUCACAUAAAUGUGUUAAAAUUAAGCUAUUAAUCAUAAAAAGAUUUUUUUAAUAUGCUAGUUUACAGUUUUAGAUUAAUUUUAGAACAUUCUAUUGUUUUUUCAUCAUUUAAAAGGUAUGAUUUUUCUAGUUUUCCUUUGCCUGGAAACUAAAAACCUAGUUUAAUAAUGUGCAUGUCAUAUCAAAUAUGUAAAAAGUUUUGAAAUACUUUAGUUUUGGAUAAUUAUAAGUAUUUGCCUUAGAAUUUUCCUUAAUUACAAUCAUGUAUCUACAUCCUUUGUGUUCAUGCAUAAUUAUAUAUCCAAAAAAUAUUUAUAUAACAGGAAGCAUGAUUUAGGCAUUUUACUUAUUUUGUUAUUUGUAUUUUUAUUGUUAUAUUUGUUAGUAUGGUACCAGUGAAAAUCCCACCAUUUUAUUAUAAUUACCCUGUUGCAUUUUUAUCAGGGUUUUGUAUCACAUACGCUAUCUGAUACAACCUUUCAAAUAAAUUGACUUCAUAAAUAAAUUAUUAAAUUAUUUCUUGAAAACUGAAGUCAUUAAUUGUUAUUAAAUUAAUUUACCUUGCUCAAAAUAUUUUUUUUAUUUAGUUCUGAUUUUGUGUUUUGGUUGAGAAAAAUGUUUUAAUCAUUGGUGGCUACUUUUGCUUUUUAAGUUUUAAGCUUAUGAAAGAUUUUUUUAAAACUAUUCUUAAAAAAGUAAUCCUGCCAUACAUAUACAAAAGAAUCUCAAUUUUCAUUAGCUAUUUUAUUGGCUUCAUAUUAAAAAUCUAUCUAAAAGAAAUAUCUUGUGUAGAAUUAAUUUUAGAAAUCAUUCAUAAUGCAUUAUCUUCAUAUGUUAUGUGACAUUUUCUCUAAAAUGUUUUUUUUUGAUGCCUUGUUUUAAAGGGUUUUUUCAUGCACUUAGUGUGCUAUUGCAUACUUAUAGCAAUAAAAUCAACAUUAAGUAUGUAAUAAUUUCAGUAUACUGAUAAUUCAGUUCCUUUACAAGUGUUGCCAUAUUUUUUACAUUGCUUUUUUAUCAAUUUUAUUUUAUUUUUUUGUUUUCUUUAUUAUCUUAUAUUUUUUAUUUCAUUGUUUUCUUGUACAUACCUGUUUACUAAUAUAUAAGUUACGUUUUCUGCUAUAAUUUUUAGGAAUUGGAAUUGAUUUUACUAAGAGCCACACUACUAAUUUGCUAUUUUAUUAAGAUUUAUCAUCUAAGGGUCACUGUCAGUAGUAAAAUUUUUAUUUCUUGCUCUAUUGUAUUUUUAAUGUUUUUAUUUGCGAAACAAGUCACAAUAUCUGUAAAUUGCUAGUUUUUAUUCUGUUGCUAAUUUAAAAGUUCAUUGCUUAUUCUAUUUUUAUUUAAAUUUGAGAUGUGUGUAAUUUAUUAAGUUCUUUUUUCACACAUAUAUAAUUGAGUAAAAAGAUUGGAAGUAUGUAUUUUAAAUGUAAUGUGUUUGUGUAUGUCUUGAAUGAGAUAGUGAACUUUUAAUGUGUGCAUUUUAUUGAUUUUAUUUUUUUAAUCGAAUUUUAAUGCUUUUAAAAUAAUUUUUCAUGAAAACUAUUAUCACAUUUUAGGCCAUGUUUUAGUCAUUGAGUAGAGUUUAAAAUUUCUCUCUCUGGCAUCUCUCUCUUAAAAUGUAGGUGCACCUUUUUUGUCACAGUAGAAGUAUUUUUCAAUUUAUACUAUUUGCGCUUUAAAUCUUAUAGAAAAACUUUAUAAAUACUUUAAAACUUAAAAGAAAUAUUGCUUCAUAUUAUAAGUGAUUUAGUUUAUAUUAGAAUCUUAAUUCAUUUGUCUGUGCAUUUAUCUAAGUCGCUUGCAGUAUAUUUGAAUUAUAAAUUUCUAUUUAUGGUAAAAGUCUUCCUUAAGAGUAUAAUUACUUAAUUGUCAUUUUAAAAUUUGACUUUUAAUAAUACCAAAACUAUGCAAUAUCUUAUUUUUUGGUAUAAUUAAUCUUUUUUCAUUUAUGAUAUCAAAGAUAGAAAAAAAACUGAUAUUUCUCAUUUACAAGUUUUUCCUUUUAAGAAGGAAAUAAUUUUCCAAAUAUUUUUUAUUCAUAAAAGGUAGAAAUCUUUGUUACAUUAUGAACUAAACUAUAUGCUCUUAGGUCAAAUGUUAUCAAGAAAGGUCUGCCACAUUUUUACCCUGUUUGUUCGUUUUCAAACCCUGGCCAAUUUGUGUUAACAAUAUAACGUGAGUAAUUUCUGAUGUAAGCAAAACUUAACAUAUUUUUGUAUUAAUAAGAUUUUUUGUUGUUUAGAUCAAAUAAGUUUACUUUUUGUACUUGAAAAUAGUCUCUAAAAAUGAAAUUCAUAGAUUUAUUAAAAAUGGAUAAGAUGAAACCAUUUGGAAGCAAGCUAUCCAGCUGAAAAAGCAUCUUAACAGAUUUUUUAAAAAUCUUAGAAUCAACAUAAAAACGAAAUUUAUAACUGAUUUAAGGUGCAUAAUCUCAACUAUUUUCUUUGUAUUUUGGCAAAUGUAAACAAUAAAUCUAAUUUGUUUUCUUUUUGAAACUAUUCUGAUUUAUGUCCUUUUGUAGUUUGGUUCUAGAAGUUUGUAUUUUUUCCUUGAAAACUUUGAUUAUGUUGUUUUUUCUGAGCAGAUCUCAAAUUAAUGUAGGCAUAUUUGCGUUGAAUUUCCCACCAAUUUCUGACAAUUAUGAAUGUUGAGAAAAAUGCUUAAUGGAGUAUAUUAAUUAGAUAAUGUGAACAAUUCUCAUGAUAUCUCAAAAUAUUUGAAUGCAAUAAAGAAUUGUUUUCUUCUUUAUUCAAUGUCUAGACCAUAUUUUACCUCCAUAAAAUAUUAUAAGCAAACCUUAUCAAAUGGUUUUUAUUUAUUAUGGAUGACCUUUAAAAAGUUUUUAAAUAGGUAAAGAAAAGGUUCUUAUUUGAAGAAUUUUUUGGAAAGCUCAGCCAUUUAAAUUCAUUAUAUGUAAAGAGCCUUAUUCAACAAUAUCGAUGGUUUUGAAUAUUUAUGAGGUAUGAAUAUACUGGUUUGAUACAGCAAUGUAAGUUAAAGUAUGUUCUCAAAUAGCAGGCAACCUUGCAGCAAAUGUUUUAUUUUUAUUUGGUUGGCAUAGAAAGGUUGACUAAUUAUUCCUCUUUUAAACUUAGUAGAAAUAUUAGUAUACCGAGCUUGUUUUCUUGAAGAUUGAAUAAAGGCAUGAAAAAAACUUCAACAAAAAAUAUAUCAUUUUUUAGCUUUAAUGUAAACAUUGUUUUUGCCUUUUUUUCAUUCUAUCUUUGUCCAGAUUCUCAAAUGCAACAUUUAGUUUGCAUUGAAUACUUAAUGAUCACACCAUCAGUCACAUUUAAAGUGUUGAAGAAAGUAUAUAAAAGCAUGUGUAAACUAACUUUGUUUCUGUGAGGUCAUAAAAUCUCAAACUUUAAGAAGGUGAAUUGAUCCUACGUUAGAAAACGCUUUCAACCCUUGAUUUGAAAAUGAUGAUCCAUCCUUGAUUUUAGGCUUUUCUAACCCUGAUUUUAAUGGUAGAUUUAAUGCGGUUAUAAAAGGGCAGUUUAUAGCACAUAAUUUAGCAUAGUUAAAUUGAACAUUGUUUUAAUCUUUCCUGAUUUAUUUACUAAUCAUUUUUAAACCUUGUUGGACUUCAUGAUAAAGGUUGUUGUAGACAUUAAAAUCAACCUGACACUGCUAUUUGGGAUUGACUCAAAAUAAAUAUGUAUAAAUAAACAAGCUUUGUAUUACUUGAUUAGAAGUUAAUUUUACAUGUAUGAAGACAUAACCUAAUGUGAAACAAAAAAGUUAUGUCUCCAUCCAAAAAGAGGUAAAAUGUGCGACAUUUAUACUCUAUUAAGCUUACCUCUUUCUAAAGUCUGCAAUAAGACCGCAGCAUAUUUGUGCGUGUAUGUAUUCAUCUAAGCAUAAAUUCAUAUUAUGUAUUCAUAUUAAGCAUAAAUUUAGAUGAAAUGACACUUUAUAAGAUGAGUGAGUGAAUAAAAAGAACAAAACCAUCCAUCUUGCUGGGUACUUAAUUAUGCGAGUUGUAAUCCUUAAACUUAAAGAGAAAGAGUUGAAUUUCGUUUUUAAUUUAUAAAUUGAUAUGUGCAUGUGUCUGUAGACAUAAAAGUAUAUAUUUAUAUAUGCAUAUAUAAAUAUUUAUGUAUAUGCAUUUCUAUAUAUUUAGUUGUGUUUGUACAAUAUUUAAAUAUAAUUUACUAUGUUAUAGUUAAGAUCAUACUUAAUACAAUAGGAUUUAUUUACUUAUUUUUUUAUUGAUUAGCAUAUUAAAAUGUUUAACUUUUCUUGGUUAUUCAAUAAGUACAGUAAAUAUCAUUAAUUUGCAAAAAAAGAUUUUUUUUUUUAAUAUGGAAUGUAAUUUUUUUUCUCAAAUUUAUGUAUAUUAGCCUUUUAAAACUUGGGGUGCUUACAAAUUUUUUUUUAUUGACACUAAUGGCUGGCUUUUCAGUAUAGGUGAAUUCAGUGUUGUGCCAAACAUAUGAACUACCUAUAACUGUGCAUACACUAUGGGCCACCUUAAAUUUUGCAUGGACACGUAGCGUACUUACAAUUUCUUUAUUGACUUCUGUUGUAGUGUGUUUCCAUUUCACAAAAAAUAUUUUUAAGCCAGUUACUUCCUUAAUUGAUGAAAAUUAUAAGAGUUUUGCAUUUUAUAAUUAUGGAAUAAUUAAAAGUAAGGAGUAAGAAAACGAAUUCAUUUAUUUUUCCAUAACUUUUAUUUGUUAUUCAACUUUAAACAAAAAUAUUUUCCUCUUGCUUAGUAUAUACUUUAUUGGCGAGUAUUUCAAAGUUCCUUAUGCUGGUUCAAACUAGUUUUCAGUUUGAGGCUUGAUUUGAUGCUGUAAGUGCUAUAUUUUUGCCAAUGAAAUUUGAAAAACUUCAAAGUGACAGUACUUAUUAGUCACUAUUAAGCUAUUUUAUUUUAUGAUUAUUUAAAAUUGUUUAGUAUAAAUUAUAAAGAGCUUAUGUGUUGUAGAUACCAACAAUUAAAGAAAUUAUUUGAGUAAUUAUGGAAAUAUGGGAGCAAAUUAUUUUUUUUAAAUACUUGUAAGAUUGUAGUGCAUGGUUUCUGUUGGUGAUAUCAUUAAAUCCAUUUGGAACUGACUAGCUUUCACUUUUGCCUUAUUUUUGGUGCAAACUCUAGUUAUUUUUUUCAUACUAAUAAUUUAGUAUUGGUUUUUUAAAAUGAAUUUUAGAAAUGAGCAUUUUGUGAUAUUAUACUUUGUUUCUAUACUGCUGCUUUUGCUCAUAAACGCAUGAGAAAUUUAAUGAAACUGCCUUAUUUAACUUCAUUUAUGAAACCUGAUUUACUUACAUUAGAUUUUUUUUCUCCAAUCAAUGACGUUUAUUGUUCUAGUUGACCUUAUAAAGUUAAUAAAAAGCAAAUUGCAGUCAUAGUCAUAUCUAAACAAGACAUUUUGAAAGACUAUAAUCUCAAUAAUUAUCAGACAUUUGAUUACAUUCAGAUCUGAUUUUCUUUUUAAAUAUAUGAUUGAGUUUAGUAUUUAUGUGAUUAACUUUUUACAUUUAAUCUUGUAAGUAAUUUGUUUCAUAAAAAUAUGUUUAAAUUUUUUUUGUUGAAAUUGAAAUAAAAUUUUCUUUUAUGAUAUUCAGGCCAUAGAUUACAAACCUCUUCUGCAAAAUUAUUGUAACUAGUUGCAUUUGAUUGUAUUAAAUUUAAAUCUAAAUAUGAUGCAGAAUUUGCUAAAUAUAAAGGUUAUUCCAUUUUUAAAGAUAGAUAUGGAAUUAUGUUUAAUGAAAAUUUAUAAUAUAUCACAUUAAUUUAUUAUAAGAUUUAUUUUAUAAUUAGUAUUUAUUAGAUUUGUUUUAUAAUUUUCAAUAUAUUAUACGAAACCACAUCAUCUUGACAUAAUUGUAUUAAUAAGUGGCUCACUUGUUUUUUCUUAUGUUCUUUUUUGAUGCCGUGUUCUCCAUUUGAAUUUAGUUUUGUUCAGCCUACAUUCAAACAAUUUAAUAUGUUGUUCCAACUUAUUUAAGAAUAUUUUUUUUGUUUUAACAUUUUAUUUUAUAGAUAUUUGAAAAACUUGACUAUCAAAUCAGAUUUAUGGAAUUCUGCUUGUUCAGUUUUGAUUAAAAGGAUUUUCUUCUGUGUGGUUGGUGAUAUUGAAGAAUAAGUUAUUUUAUUAAGGAUAAGAAUUUAACCAGUUUUAAAUCUAAUUUGUGCUUUGAAUUAAAAUAUUUGUUUAAGAAUAACCAUGUUAAGCUUUCAUGAAAGUAAAGUAGUUUGUCGUAAGCAAUGUAACAAAAAAUUUUAGCUCUACAAAUCAGCAUUGCAUGCAAGUUAUAUUUUCAUUGUUCUCUGAAUUUUAGAAGUUUUGCUUUCUAAAAUGCAUUAUUGUAAAAAUUAACCUGAAAAUUAGGGAUGAAGGAAAUAUCUGUGAAGCAUGACUUGUAUACAAUUGGUCCUUUGUUUUCUACUGUGUGUGAAAAUAAAAAAUGUGUUUAUGGAUGUUUACAAUCAGUGUGAUGAUUAAAAAUAAGGACUUGUAAAAUCAUAUAUUAGCUAGAUGUUUUUAAGUACCUUAAAAGUAUAGUACAUAAUUUUUUUCUAAAAAAUAUGAGUAUAUUGUGUUUGCAUUUCAUGUUUGGUAUUUGGAAUUGUACAAUUUAAUCCUUCAAAUUUUAGAUAAAUUAAUAAUUGACUUAAGUUUUAGACAAACUAUCUGAAACAAAAAAUAUCAAAAAUGAAUUUCAAUGAAAAAUUAGUAUCAAAAAUUAAUUUUUUGUUUUAAAAAAAAUUACAAUUUGUUUCCAAUGAAUUCAAAUGUAACAGGUCCAGUCAAAAUAAAAAUAAUUCUUCUCUUUGUUGCAAUUAGCCAAUACACAGAUUAUUGAGUUAUUGUUGUUCAAACACUCUUAAAAUUUAUACUGGUUAUUGUUUAUCAUUUGGCAUGUUUCAGAUCUUUUCUAUUCUCUCUUAAUUUUGGUUUAACCUGGAGAGAUGUUAUAGACAAGAUGCAAGUUAUGCGUAGUAAACUUGAUGAAGCAAUUUCUCUUAUAACAUGAAUUCAAGGUUAAAAAAUAUUCAGUUCAUGAGAACAAUUUAAAAAAUAUUUUUAGACAUGAAAUUCAUUAUUUUGCAACUCUUGGAGGCAUGGGUAACAAGUUUUUUUCUUAAAAGCAGGUGUUUAAAUCUAGUGCAAAUAAACCAACUACUAAACUGUGUUUCAUUGCCUAAUUCUUAUAAUUGAAAGCAAUUUCUUUUUGUAACCUUACAAGUUAAAUAAGAACAAAGUAUUAGCUAAAUAAAAGUAUUAUAAAUAGCAAUGAGACACUUAAAAUAAAUAUUAAAACUUGUUUGAAAAAAAGUAUUAAUUAUAAUAAUUUUCUUAUAUAUAUUUUUGUGAAUGCAUCACAGAUUAAUGUUUAG